GUAAUUUGAUGUGUGUCCCCGGGGACAUUUGAUGGAUUAAAGCUAAGCAGCUCCAUUUCGCAGCACCACCUGAUCUUCCACUGCCUGUGCCCCAUAUAAAAGCUGGAGAGAUCGCUGAUCUCAGCUAGUCCGACAGUCUCUCUCUCCCCUCCCUCCUCCACGCUCUCUCUCUCACUCUCUUCUCUCUGGUCCUUUAAGCGUGCUGCAUCACAGGAGCUAUCCAGUGCUGAACCAGAAGAUUUUUUAUCUUUUUGAAAGCUGGGGGAGCCAUAGAGUAACACACAGCAUUGCCGUCAGCCUUGUUCUCCACUGGUUUCCAUUUUCUUUCAUUCUCUUAUGUUUUUUAGAGGUUGUCUUUUCGUUUAACACAAGGAUUACUACUACCGUCAGCCGGCUCCAGCUCUGCCUGUUUGCUGCUUUCUUUGGGGGUCUUCUCUUUUCUUCUCAUGCGUGAUUCUCGGGUCUGUGUGUUUUUUAUUCUUUGAAACAUGCCCCGUUCGUUUUUGGUGAAGAAAAUCAAGCUUGAUGAUUUCUCUUCAUCCAAUGCUGCCUCUAAUCACCAUCACCACCUGGACGACUCAUUCACUCCUUUCACACGCUCCAUCACUGACUCUGUGACCAACUUGGGGGUUCGUCUCAGUGAGAAUGGCUACAUCCAGGAUUACAUCACGCCAUCGGUAUACCAGGGGGAGAAGAAGAUGGAGCUCAAGCUGGCCUCGCCAGUGUCUGACCCCCUUUACACCCAGGUGAGCAGCGGGGGCGAGGAGUACUGUGACCCUGACCUGGAGCACCCUGACAGCCCCCAGUCCGGCAUGACGGCCAGCGGCUUCUACAGCGGCGAGGCGGAGGCCCCAACCGAGGGUUAUACCAUGGAUGCCUUCUUCAUCUCCGACGGGCGCUCGCGGCGGAAGGGAGACGGUGACGGCCGUAAGGGAGGUAGUUCUGUCACGUCCAAUGCCGAUGCCACGGAGGAGAGGGAGGCAGGGGCCGCCGGCACGGCCCGCCACUCCUGCAACGAGUGCGGCAAGACGUAUGCCACUUCAUCCAACCUCAGCAGGCACAAGCAGACGCACCGUAGCCUGGAUAGCAAGAUGGCACGCAAGUGUCCCACCUGCGAUAAAGUGUAUGUGUCCAUGCCGGCGCUGGCCAUGCACAUCCUCACCCAUGACCUCAAGCACAAGUGCGAUGUGUGCAGCAAGGCCUUCAGCCGGCCCUGGCUCCUGCAGGGCCACAUGCGCUCGCACACCGGGGAGAAACCGUUCGCCUGCGCCCACUGCGGCAAAGCCUUUGCUGACCGCUCAAACCUCCGCGCCCACAUGCAAACCCACUCUGCCUUCAAGCACUACCGCUGCAAGCGCUGCAAUAAGACCUUCGCCCUGAAAUCCUACCUGAACAAGCACUAUGAGUCAGCCUGCUUCAAGGGAUCUGGGGACGAAGAUGACGACGAGUCCUGCUCUGAGAACUAGCUGGCGGAACCAGAAGAACGGAAGCAGAAUUUGGAACCCUAGGUUCUACAACCAAUAACCCCCUUCACUCUGCCCUACAUCCCUUUUUUCUUCCCUUUUAUAGAAAGCAAUAUUUUCACUGAGAUUACGUGAAGAAAACUGUUCUGAUUAUGGCAAAAACAAUUUCUAAAUAUGCUGGAUUCCCCCCCCCCCCCCCC